CCCCGCGGCGGGGCGGGCCCGGCGGUGCGGAAGCGGCGGCGGCGGCGGCACGGAGCGGCGGGGGACGCGCGCGGCGCCCGGCGGCAACAUGCAGCAGGAGGCCGAGGGUGGCCGGCCUCGCCGCAGGAAGCCCGACAUGGCACUCUACGUGCCCAAAGCGCGGCGGGACAGGACGGCGCUGGGAGGCCCUGGACGCCUGGAGCGGGACGUCUCCGAAGGCGGCGCCGAGGGGCGAAGCCCCGGCGCCAGGAUGCAGGCGGCGAGGGAAAGCGGGGCAGCAAGGCCGGGGGGUGAGACAGGCGCCGACCCCCCGGCCGCCUCCGCCGGGGACCCCGGCCCUCCCGCUGAGCCCUGCCCGGAUCCGGCCCUCGCCCAGCCCCGGGAGAAAGCGUCCGGCCACCCGGAGGCUAGGACAGCGCCGAGCCCUGGUGCCCAGCCCGGGCCCGCGGAGGGGGCGGCCGAGCCCGGGGGGGACCCCGCCGGCGGCGCGGUACUGCAUUUGGGGUGUGGUGUGCCGGAGCCUGUGGGCGGCCCGGCUGAAGCCACGGAUGCGGAGGAGGAGAGGGAGCGUGGCGGGGCUCUGCCUGCAGUGCGGAGCGAGGGAGAGGGACUGGGAAGCAGGUCUGAGGCCACGGGAGAGGGCCUCUCGGAGGCGCCCGCAGGAGCGGCCUGCGAGCCCGGCUGCACUGGGGGUGACGUGGACCACACGCCGGCAUUCCCGCGGGAGAGCGCUGCUGGGGAUGGCUCCUCCAGCCGGGCAGCCCCGGGGGACCCCGCUCUAGAGAGCCGCGAGCCCUGGCUCUUGCCUGCUGUGCCGGCUGACGAGGACGACGGGGGACUCGGUGGCACGCGGGACGGCAGCUCCCCGAAGCCCGAGGCCGGCGCCAGCCCGGGAGCUGAGGAGAGCUGGGACGCACUGUUCAACGACGAUGGCGACUGCCUGGACCCCCGCCUGCUGGAGGAGCUCUCGGGGGGCCCGCAGCACCGGAAGAGCCUGCAGGCACCCCGCUUUGACUACUACGGGGCCGAGCCGACCGCGCCGGACCUCAGCGACGAUGAGCUGCCCCACGUCAUCGAGAUCUAUGACUUCCCCCCGGAUUUCCGCACUGAGGACCUGCUGCGUGUCUUCUGCGGCUACCAGAAGAAGGGCUUCGACAUUAAGUGGGUGGAUGACACGCACGCCCUGGGCAUCUUCUCCAGCCCCGUGACGGCGCGCGAUGCCCUCAGCACCAAGCACCUGAUGGUGAAGACUCGCCCGCUGUCCCAGGGCACCAGGGCGGCCAAGGCCAAAGCCAGGGCGUACGCUGACUUCCUGCAGCCGGCCAAGGAGCGCCCCGAGACGUCGGCAGCGCUGGCCAGGCGGCUGGUGAUCGGCGCCCUGGGGGUGCGCAGCACCCAGACGCGAGCCCAGCGGGACGCCGAGCGCAAGCAGCUGCAGGAGGCCCGGGAGAGGAAGCGCCUGGAGAACAAGCAGCGGGAAGACGCCUGGGAAGGCCGGGAGUGAGCCGGGAGGAUGCUGCACCUUCAGCCCUCGGGGCUGCACCUCGGCGGUGGGCGCAGGUCCCACCGGCACCCUGUGGCCUCCACGCCGCGUUCCAGUGCGCCAGGUCGCUGCACCGAAGCAGGAUGAGGCCGGUGCGCGGCUGGUCCCAGGGCGAACGCCGUCCCCGGCGGGAGCGUCGGCCAUGCUGCCUGGCUGUGCCCAGGGCAGGAUCUCUGGGGCAGCGGCGGCAGGAUGCAGGGAGCUCUGCCGCCGGUGCACCGUGCCGGGGGGCGGCUGGUGUGGGAGGGCUUUGUGAGUGAGAGUCGCUGUACUUCUAUUUUGCUAAUAAAUCCCAUUUAUUUUA